AUGACAUCCCCUGCAUUCGUUGCAACGCCUACGUUCGGAAGGUCAUUUGCAUCAUCAAAUGCCUCACCAUAUUCUCAUACCCCCAGGAAAUCCUUCGAUGCAGGGAAUAAUUAUAUAUCUUACGGGUCUGACGCUGGGCUGCUUGAUGCUACUGCCCAGCUCUCGCAAACGCCGACCGCCCGUCCAAUUCGCCCUCCUUUGUAUGUUGUCACAGAACACUGGAGAGCAUUCAAGUCGCGGUGGAUCAUGCUAGUGCUGUUUGGGAUCGGAUGUCUUGCCGCCGUAGCCCAUUACGCCUAUUAUGCAUCCCUACACGGGAAAGAGGCGGAUCGUCAGUUGACAGUUCAAUAUCGAGGAUCAGCAAUUGCCUACCUGGCAAAAGUCGCUUUUGUCGGAUCCAUAAUUGUUUCAUUCCAACAGCAAAUGUGGCUUUCUGUCAGGAAAGAACCCUUUUCAAUUGGCUCGAUUGAUAGGUUCUUUGCUGCAACCAGCGAGACAACGGCCUUUUUGGAUAUGAAGUUAUGGUCAAGAGCAAGUAUUGCACUACUGGUAGCUGCGAUCGUCUGGAUAGCACCUAUCAUGAGUGUUGUUCCACCAGCGACACUCACCGUGGAGCAAUCCCUAUUGAAGAUCGACACCCAGUGCCCCUCAAUCAAGACGCUUAAUUUUUCUGCCGAGGAGCACAAUGACUGGAGAAAAACUUCAAAAAUAGAUGGAGAUAUCAAGUUGCCGUUAUCUUGGUGGAACACUACCUGCGCUGAUUUUAUAGACACUGAUCCGGACUGUUUUGACUACUAUACAACCCCGAACUCUGUGCUGAAUAUGAUUUCACAACAUGCAAGUUACGCGCAAAAGCCAAUUCCUCGGUCACAAGCCACUUCAGAAAUUUGUGGACUGGGAUGGAAUUGUAGUUUCGUUAUAGACUUUACGGCGCCAGGUUAUCAAUGCUCUGAUGUUGUAGAAAUAUCAGCUCAUGGUUCCACCGAACAGAAACCAGAAUCAAUGCGAGCCAAUGUUCCAUUCGACCCAGAUGUCUUAGUACCCAUUGGAAGCACGAUAUAUGUCGCUAAAGCUACACUCGGGGAUUACGCGAAAUCGCAAAUUGAUGCUGGUCCGCAAGCGAAUAAUGGAAAGGUUCCAGCCAAAACAGAUCCAACUUGGAGCACUAGUUUCGCCCGAAAGGUCUUCAGAUGCGACUAUCAGCUGUUCCAAUAUUCUGUGCUGUUCAACUUCUCUUCGGGAACCCAGAACACGACAGUUCUUCCCGGCAAAAAAAUCAUCGAACAAAUACAAAACACCACCCUAGGAUUUCGCGAGGACGGCUCCGAGACAGCGUCGCCAAGCGAGAAUUUCGUUUUUCCAAAGGAUGUUUCGAAAUACAGACUGCUAGCAGCCUACCGUUCGCUAGGAGUCAAGUUUCGAGAAACCAUAGACGGUAAUAUUACGUUGAACGAAGACAGUGUACCAAUUGUGGCGACUGAAGCAAUAAACACCAAACUUAUUAGUUUUAAUCCAUAUCUUCCGUAUCCAGAUCUUAAGGACAGGAUCCAAUCUCUCUACGAAGACAUCUUACUAUCUCUACUUUCCAAACCUGAAUUCAUUGUCGUUACAGACGCAACCAACUUUGUCAACUCAGAUGACGAGGGAAUUGGGUACAACUGCACUAAAACCAGACUCCGAAAUGUCUUCAAAUACCAUAAAGUACAACUCAUACUUUCCUAUGGGUUCUUUGUCAUUACAACUGGUCUUGCUGUCUUUCUGGGAAUCAGAGCCCAAAGAAGUAAUGCAGGUAAAUUUAAAGACAACAAGUUCUCUACUCUUGUGGCGGCAACGAGAGGAGGUCAUCUUGAUAGUUUGGAUUGGAAGCUUGACACUUUGGGUCAUGUAUCUCGAGAUCUGGAGAGCUCUAAGAUAAUAUAUACUGCAGACGUUCGUAAGGGGAUGGGUAUUGGUCGUGAGGUUAGGGAAGGGUUUUGUAAGGUUGAUUAA